AUGGCACCUCCAAAAGCCCAACAAGUUUCUUCUAUGAGAACCGACUUUCAAACAGCAGUCUCAGACAUGCGCAAAGACCUCCUGGAAGUGGGGACAAGAGUAAACGCAUUGGAGGAAAAAACAGACGAACUGUAUCAGGCAAACGAUGCAAUAGUAGAAAAAUUGCAGAAAUUCGAAAAAGAUAACAGGCGCCUGAUGGAAAAAAUGGCGGACCUGGAGGACCGGUCCCGCCGUAAUAAUAUCCACGUGCCUGGAGUGCCGGAAAAGAUAACACACGAAGAACUGACGUCCUACCUACUGCAGCUCUUUCAGGCAAUUCAACCUGCCCUGGAGCCAGCGGAUCUACGCCUUGAUCGGGCGCACCGAGUACCAAAACCCAGCAAACUCUCACAAGAUGUCCCAAGGGAUAUAGUGACUUGA